GACUCCCCCCAGUUUUCCCCCCCCCCCAGUCCCCAGCCAGUCCCUCCAAUCCAGGCAGAUGGGCUGGGACCUGGAAUUAGGAGGCAUCCGAUGAUCUGCAUUUACCAUACCGUACGGGCUGUACCCCGUAAGGCGGAGAACGAUACAUACGCCAUGGGCGGGUUUCCCCAUUGGUUCUGCCCGCCCCCCAUGAGGGGUAACCUUCACAAACACUGCAAACCGGCCACGCCUAAACACGGGUCAAGAGGAUCACGUGAGGGCCCUGGGCAAUGCAGCCAAACAGCCACCACGGCCGGGACAUGUGUCCCAGGGCAGCUGGAACUGAAAUGGGAUCAGUUGGGCCCGACCUUUCUUCAUGGAUUGCCUUUUCCCUGGAUGGGUCCCCCAAGGGCCUGGCCGCCAAUAGCCUCAGGCCAAUCACAUAGUUCCAGGCCCGGAAUGCAGUUGGCCUGGCGCCAGAUGUGGCUGGUUGCCGUAGGGGAGUCACGGGGCUGUAUGGCGAGCACCGCGCCUGUAAGGUCCCCCCAAAUCGUCAUCGGCUGAGACCCAGCCGUGACUGAAAUAUUACACGGUGGCUAUUGAGGAUAAGGCAGGAAGAGAAACCAGGAACCCUUCACCUGAGACCGGGCGGCAUCCGGGCAUUUCGUCGUUGCUCGUCAUCGCCCUGUCGCCCCCCCUUCCUACCUCACCACGCGGCAGGCUUGCAGAAUGCGAGGAAUGCGGAUGGUGUAAUUGAACGCUGUGCUGACUGAACAACCCAAUCAAGGGCCAAAUUUCGGGAGAAGGAAAAAGUAAUGUUACACUGAUAAUAAGAUGAUGCCACCUGUUCCAAGUCGCCAUUUUCA